ACCUGAGGGGUCGCGGAAAGCCUCACGCUCGCCUGCUGAUCGCCGGGCAAAUUCAGCCCCUUUGAUCCUGGCAGGGCCUCUGGUGUAGAAGUGUCUCGGUGUGCGCAACCUGCUUUCUCACAAGGUGGCUGACGACUCUUUACUGCCCUUCCGUGAAACGAAGCAGCUUAACCCGUCUCCAUCUCAUCCAUUAAGGGGGAAAAAGCUGGAAGAGCUGUGCUGUGAACUUCAACUGGUAGAAGUCUUCCUUCAUCCUUGAAGCUGUCUAUUGAGAGAGUUAGCCACAGAAACAGAAACCAAAAUGCCUGUUUUAAAACACCCAGAGUAUCCAGAAGCAAAAUUGCUUCAGUUGGAAAGCAUGUUACCCUGUCGAGAAGCUCAAGCAUCCACCUUGUUGUCAGUAUUUGGAGAGCGUCAGCACUUUAGCUUUCCAUCCCUUUUCAUAUAUGGACACACAUCCAGUGGAAAGACUUAUGUGAUGCAGGCUCUUCUAAGAACCUUGGAGCUUCCUCAUGUAUUUGUGAAUUGUGCUGAAUGUUUUACUUCAAGAUUACUUCUAGAAGAAAUAUUGAGACAGUUACAGUGCCUUUCUAUCAAAAAAGAAGAUCCUUCAUUUGUAUGCUGUGACACAUUGAAUGAUUUCAUACGUUUAUUUAAAAAGGCAAUCUUGACACCUGAUCUGCAGAAUCAGACAAUAUAUGUUGUUUUGGAUAAUGCAGAACAGCUGCGUGAGCUGGAAGGAAAUAUUCUGCCAGGUUUUCUUAGACUACAAGAAUUGACAGAGAGGAACGUGACUGUGGUUCUCCUGAGUGAAAUUGUGUGGGAGCUUCUUCGUCCAAACACAGGAUGUCUUGAGCCACUGCCAUUAUAUUUUCCAGAUUACAGCAUAGGACAUCUGCAGAAGAUUUUAUCCCAUGACCAUCCUCCAGAAUAUUCGUUUGAUUUUUAUGCUGCAUAUAUAAAUAUUCUUCUUGGAGUCUUCUAUCCAGUCUGUCGGGACUUGAAGGAACUCCAACAUCUGGCUGCACUUAAUUUUUCUAAAUAUUGUGAGCCUGUGGUCCAAGGAGAGGCAAAUGAACGCGACACACGGCGACUGUGGAAAAAUAUUGAAUCCCAUUUGAAGAAAGCUAUGCAAACAGUUUAUCUUCGAGAAAUAUCCAGCUCCCAGUGGGAACGAUUACAGCAAGAUAAUGGAGAACCUGGACAAGUAAAAGGACUUUCGGCUCAUGCUCAUGUAGAACUUCCAUAUUAUUCCAAGUUUCUUCUAAUAGCUGCUUAUCUUGCCUCUUACAACCCUGCCAGGACAGAUAAAAGAUUCUUUGUUAAGCAUCAUGGAAAAAUUAGGAAGGUAAACUUUCAGAAGAAACAUGAAAAGACCAGCAAUCAUCUUCUUGGACCAAAGCCAUUCCCAUUGGACAGAUUGUUAGCAAUAUUAUACAGUAUUGUUGACAGCAGAAUUCCUCCAACUGCAAAUAUAUUUUGCCAGAUUACUUCUCUUGUAACACUACAGCUGUUAACCUUGGUUGGCCAUGAUGAUCAGUUUAAUGGACCAAGAUACAAGUGUGCUGUCUCUCUGGAUUUCAUCAGAGCUAUUUCGAGGACUGUGAACUUUGACGUAACAAAGUAUUUAUAUGACUUUUUGUGAAGACCUUUUGGGAGCUGUGAUGGUGGCUGAAGCAAACCCCGUUGCUGUGUCUACUUAGCUAUCCAGGGAGGAAAGACUGGGCUUGCUUGGAUUUGUCCAAAACAGGUGCUGACUCAGCAUGGAAUAAGAUGAAAACGCUCUAGUUGGUCUAGCUGGAUCCGUGCAGAGAACGCUUUACCUGAUACCCUGGCGUAUUUGGAACAAACGUGUUAAUUAUAAACAGCAGGGACUAAGCACAAUCUGUUCCACUCCUAAUUAUUUUAUUUCAGCGUUUUGAUUGCCUGAAACCCAUUUUACAAAGAUGUUAUUUUGUGCGGCGAUGAAGUAUUCCGUGCGCUUUGAACACGGCAGCAGACUUGUACGCCCAAUCUUUUCACUUCCUCUCCAUGGGAGGCUUUUGCAUUUUUCUGCCACAGCAGCCCAGACCUAAAGCCACCAUUUAAAGGAGACUGGAAUACAGUCUACAAUAAAUACACAGUCAAGGU